UCGGAACACGUGACCGGAAGGGCGCCUCCUCUUGGGAAAGGUCACGGGGUGAGCGCGAGGAGUCCGACCCGGAACAGCAACCGACCCCCACGUCUCUGAGGCGCCCCCGGCAGCAGGGCCGAGGAUGGUCUCCGCCAGGCAGCUCGCGGACGCUGGGUACAAGGCCUUCUCCGGCUCCAUGAUGCUGCUGACACUCUACGGGGGCUACCUCUGCAGCGCCAGAGCUUACCGUUACUUCCAGCGCCAGAGAGCCCUGCGGCAGCUCCAGCAGAGCCCGCCCAGCACGGGCGUCGUGGAGGACUGAGCCCUGCUCGCCGGCCGGCCGGCCGGCUCCGAGCCCUGCUGCUGCAGUAAUCAGGUAGCAAGUGCACCCCGUCUGCACCACCGCUGCGGGCAAGCUUAGAGCAUUGGGGGGUUUCCUCCCGCACACUGAGGGGCCUUGGCUCUCUGCACUAGCGAGAGGUUACAAAGUAACUCUGUGUAAGCAUCUGUUAUCAUCAUGUGAAAAUUAAAUCUCUUACUUAUU